AUGCCGAGCUCAAACUCCUCCAACCCGCGCCGGCUAGCAUCGCUCGAAUCUUCCACAAAUGCGCAGCCGGAUCACCCAUCUGACACGCAGGAUCAAUCCAGGAAACACCUUCGACGCCAAUUUCAGGAGCAAUGCCUGCAGCCAUCCGGCCUUGCUCGCGCGUCUGCUCGCGAUCGGCGCGCGGAAGCCUGGCUCGAGCUGCUCGGCAUCUCUCCGGAGAGGAUCCACUCACACACGAAAUCGGCGUUGGAAGCUGCCUCCAUCGACGAGACCGUGGCACUCCCUUCAUCCUCAAAGAGCGCUCCCAGCAUCAUCGAUGAUACGCUCAACGCCUCUGUGCCCUUGGACAAGGACGGCUGGCAGCUGGCCGGCAGCGACAUACUCGAUCACUCACUUCCAACAGACAGCGACGCAGGUGGCAGCGACCAUCGAUCCACUGUCACCGCUGCACGAUCCAAAGCAACAAACUCCGAGUGGAAGGUCGUCGAGUCGAAAAAGACCAAGAGACGCAAAGGCGGCCAAUCUGCAACCUCUCAGUCCCCCACGGCAUCGCCUGACCUCGCGCACUCCCCGCGGAUGAGCACUGGGCCGAGCGACACGUCAAACCCGUCAAGCCCUUUCAUUUCCCCACAGUCGGCAGAUACGUCCGUCACUGCGACGCCACCCGACGAAACAUUACCUCCCACGUCACCACCGCCUCACCAGCCGCGCUUCCCGAAUCUAUCCGAGAGAGAUGUGGAGCAGGUGGCCAAGGAUGUCGACCGCAGCUUCAUCGGUCCUGCCUUCAAGAACGUUUUCAAGUCCCAAGCUGAGGCUCAAGAGGAGAGGUCGCUGCGCCGAAAGCAGCUCACACACCUCGUCCUAACCACCCUCUCCCGCCAUCCCACACUGCACUACUUUCAAGGCUACCACGACAUCCUCUCGGUAGUCCUUCUGACGCUGGCCUCGACAUCUCCACUGGCUUCGGCCUCGGGGCUGUUUGCGAACGACGAGCAGGAGGCGCUGGUUGAGCUCGUAGCCGAGCGAAUCAGUCUGCAUCUCAUCCGCGACAGCAUGACACCCGAUCUGCUCCCCGUCAUGGGCCAACUCAAGGUCCUCGGCAACCUGCUGCGCUUGUGCGAUCCACCACUCGCCGAGCUCGUCGACCGUGCCUCGCCACUUCCGUUCUUUGCGCUGCCCUGGCUGCUGACCAUGCUCACGCACGAUGCACCCAACGUCGCCGUCAUGCAGCGCGUGCUCGAGUUCGUCAUUGCUCACGGGCCGGCGUCGGCGAUAUACGUAUGCGCCGCCGUGGUCAGGUCGAGAAGGGACGAGAUCCUCGCCAUGGAUGCGGACGAGCUGGACGACCCGGCGAUGCUCCACGCGAUUCUCAGCAGGCUCCCGCGCAUCAUACCCGAUGGAGACGACCAGCGCUCCGACAGAAGUGGACCGGAAGGCUUGGCGGAGGAGGCGAGCAUGUAUACUGAUCCGGACGUCGAACUGCCAAGUCUGGCGUCAGACCGGGCGCUCGCAGCGUCGCAUGAGGAAAAGGAAAUUGUCAAAGACAGCGGAACAUCGAUCUCGUCGCUGCUGCAAGAAGCUGUACAGCUGAUGCGCCGCUUCGAGCUCGACUCGGCCGACGUUGGUGCGCACACCAUCAUGGGGCCCAAGAGCGUGCUCUUCACGUGGUCUUCGACGUUCACGCCCGCCAGGUCUGCGCACGAUACCGAGUGGGCAGAGAUGGAUGCUGCUGCGGAAGCUGCGCUGAGCGGGCCGACUGACGCGGUCGUGCUCGACCCGCAUCCGCCUCAGCCGGAAGCGCCGCCGGGGAGCGACGAGAAACCAUCGCCGCUGCCGCCGGCGCACGUUGGCGCGCACCACGCACGCACGCUCGCGCUCGUCGGCAUCAGCGGCAUCCUCGUCGCUGCACUCUGGACCGCCUCGCAAACCGCGCCCAACGCCGCCAUGUCCAACGACCAAACCAAACGCGUGCUCACGCUCAUCGUCUCGCUCCUCUCCAACUUUGGCCGCGUCGUCGAUGCCUAG